GUUGUUCAUGACACCCACAUGCAACUCGGGCCAUUGGCAUUGGACUCCUCUCUUUAUUUGGAGAACCACUAAGAGUGCAAUCACCAGUGUGUCCACAAUAUUGAAGAGUAGCCUACGCUGCGAAAUGGAUUUGCAUGAAGGAGCCGCACACGGACAUGGUGAGGGUGUUUUAGACUUGUCGCGUCUGAAUUUGGACACUUUGAGCUUGGUCGAGAUCAGCGAGGAGCGAAAGAUGGGCACCAAGCAGUUGUAUCUAAGCUUCAACCGACUGCCCUCGCUUCCCGGAUCGGUUUGCAUGUUCUCCAACCUCGAAUUUCUUGACAUUAGCAACAACGGACUAUCGGUAAUCUGUGAAGGCAUUACUUGGUUAACGAAGCUCAGAACACUAAUAGCCAAGAACAACCGUCUGGACGAAUUCUCGCUUCCCAAGGAGUUCGGGUCUUUGCCGUUGGAGGUGUUGAAUCUAAGUGGCAAUAGGUUUGAGGAGAUGCCAGCGCAGUUCCUAAAGUUGCAGCGGCUACAAUCACUUUCCCUGGGGGGAAACAGACUCCAAAGUAUUCCUGCAGAAAUUGAGAAUUUAACCAGUCUUGAGAUGCUGUAUUUGGGUGGUAACCUGAUCACCUCUAUUCCUCCUGAGCUGGCCAACCUGCCCUACCUCAGCUAUCUGGUCCUGUGUGACAACCGCAUACAAGGUGUACCCCCGCAGCUCACCAGGCUCCACUCCCUGCGCUCCCUGAGUCUCCAUAACAACCUGCUGACCUACCUGCCCCGGGAGAUCCUCAGCCUGGUGCGCCUGCAGGAGCUCAGUCUCCGUGGCAACCCCCUAGUGGUGCGCUUUGUCAAGGAGAUGACCUACGACCCCCCAUCACUGCUGGAGCUGGCGGGUCGUACCAUCAAGAGCCGGAACGUUCCAUACUCGUCCUGCGACAUGCCCUCUCACCUGUUGCACUACCUGGACCUGGCCAGCAAGUGUCCCAAUCCUAAGUGUGCCGGCGUGUACUUUGACUCGUGCGUGCGCCACAUCAAGUUUGUGGACUUCUGUGGGAAGUACCGGCUGCCCCUCAUGCACUACCUGUGCUCCCCAGAGUGCACUUCACCCUGCAGCUCCAACCCCCAGAGCGACGCAGAGUCAGAGGAUGAAAUCAGCGUGCCCGCCUACCGCCUGCAGAGGGUGCUGCUGGGAUAGCAGGAAGUGGAGUUCUAACCAUAUCAAUAGCCUCAGAACCCGUCUUUCUCUCUGUGACUGGACGGUACUGUAGGGAAGAAAUCUAACCCCUCUGGUCUCGUGUGUGUUUGAUGCAAGACACUAGAUGCACAAGCACAAAGACAUACCCUAAACACACAAACACACUCACUUGUGAGAGUUAUCCGGUUGUCAAUGUGGACCUAAACCAGGACAAAUGUCUUUAGGUGGGUAUGUCCCCUGGAACCCAUUGACUCAGUCACUUUAGCCAUCUAAAACUGGGGGACAAAUGAUGGGAGGGAUCUUACCUCUAUUUCUCAGUAACACUACAGAUCACUGAUGCCUUCAGACUUUGAGCAGUGCCUUUAACAGAUGAAGCAUUUCACUCCAUUCCUGAUGGUUUCAUGGGUAAACAUAGGAGGGCAGUAGAAACCAUAACUUUGCCAACUCGCUAUGUGAGCUAUUGAAAGGUUUUUAAUGGUUUUAGAACACUAUCACACCAUUCCUUAGAGUCAGGUUAUGAACAAUUUAAGAUUUCUAAUUGCCUGAAAACAGGAAGUGUGUGCCCUUUGUAAAAGCUUUGUUUUUCUCUCACACACAGGAAGUCGAUCUAGGACAGGCAGAGGAGUGUGAAUAGUCUCCUGAAAGGAGAAAAUCAAACGUAUCUGACAAGAUGCAAUGAAUGUUUGUAUUUCCAGCUCUUGGUUUUCUCUAAAUUUGACGUGGGAACAUUUAGACAACUUCUCCAGAAGGUAUAUGUUUAAGGUUACCGGAAGAAUAAUACAGUAGCUGGCCUUUCAACAAUGCUGGUCUAUUGUUACUGUAUCAUGGAGAAGUGCUUUUGAAUGUAUGUGUAUAUGCCUUAUUGAAGAGAGAAGGAAUUCUAGAAAGAAAACAAAGUGAGAAAAGAACAAAACAAACAUUUUUCUUGUACCCUGAAUUAUGUAACAAUUAACUCUUUUUUAUUUUCUAUUUAUGAUCCAAUAAAACUUUACUUGACACCUAGUGUCAUAACAUGUUAUGAAACAUUCAUAACAGCUGACAUAACCUGUCUUAACACUGUCAUGACACAUAUUUAGACCUCUUGUGACAUAUUGCGUUAUUUUAUUGCUGGUUAUCACCCCUAUAUAAAACCUACCGCAAAAGGCAAAACAUCCAUUACACCAUAACCUACAUCAACUGUAUUUUUAUGUUUAUAUAACAUUUUCUGAAAUGUACCCUAUUAAAUGAUCAUUGUACACAUUGAUGUCAGACAUGCAGCUACCACAAUGUUCUGUUGCUGGUGACUGGGAUCAGAUUUCAGAAGCAGGACUGAUGACUAACAUAGGCCUAUCAUGUACAUGCCCUUAUCUGGCAUAUAUGGUACUGAUGGUCAUAAUGCUUCUUGACAGUGUCGAAGUGUAUUUUCUUAGUCCAAGUAAAGUGACAUAGGAUUGUCAUAGUGCUUCUUGACAGUCAUAAAGUGUAUUUUCUACAUGUUUUUUUUAUGAUAGGGGGGAAACAUGAAUCUUUUAGAAUCAAUUUCAACAAAGAAUUUAAAAAACUAACUUUCCAAAGAAAUCAAACUUGGCAGGAAAAAUAAACAUUUGAAUAAAGUAGGGUUUUGAGCUUAUGUA